AUGCGCGUCUCAUCGCUCUUUGUGGCGGCCCUUGUGCCCCUCGGCGUCGUCGCCGAAGGCGUUCCUGGAACCUUGUCGCCGCAAGAAUUAAACCUCGAUGAGAUUCUGGCCAAACACAACCUUGCCCUGGUGCCUCGAUCAGACCUCACCGAGGCCCUCACAGAACUCAAUGGCCUGCUCAAGAAGAACCACGCCUUGCAACAACGGGCGGCAUUGUUUCCCAGAGCAAACACGACGAGCUCGGGAUCCAGUUCUGGCUCCAGCUCGAGCGGCGCACAAGCUGCUGGCUUGUUGGGAGGACUAGGAGAUCUCACCGGUCUCAACGGUCUACUCGACAUCGUCCCGGCCAUCAAGAACAUUGCCGACUUGCUCAAAUCAAUCGAGUCCCUGCUCACCCCGGAAUUCCUCACAGGCUUUCACGAUGCCAUGAUUUAUCUAGCAGCGACCCUCAAGCCACCAGUUCCUAGCCAGGUCGGACAGCUCCUCAACAGUACCAUACCUCUUGUGCAAUUGCUCGGCAAGCUUGACCUUGAGAAGCUGGUUGGACAAAUUGGCAAUAUUGAUCUCGGCAGUCUUGUCAAGUCGAUUCUGGGACUGCUGACCGAGAAGAACAUCGACAACAUCGGCACAUUAUUGACCAACGGCGCUUCACUGCUCACACCAACCUUUGUCAACCAGACACAGUCUCUUGUUGGCGAGGUAUCUCCCUUGCUAGAUGCCCUCAAGGGUAUUGAUCUCAAGGGUGUUCUUGAACAGCUCUCGCCGCUGUUGACGUCUGAUUCCAUCAAGAAGAUCGUCACGCUGGUGGACAGUGCCGGAACACUCCUGAACAACCAGACCACCUCAGAUCUCAAUGACAUCCUCAAGUUUGCCCACAACUUUAUCCCCUACCUGAGCGUCAUCAAUCCCACAGACAUCCUGAAAGCGGUUGCUCCCUUGCUGGAUAACUUGCCCGCCAUUGUGAAUGGCGCCGUCACCCUGUUGAGCAAUCAGACCGUGUCAGAGAUCAAGACGGUGCUGGAUGGCGCCAGCCCACUCAUCGAGUCUCUGUCCAAGGCCGACUUGAAGAGCCUGAUUGAUCAGCUCGGCCCGAUUCUCAAGGAGCUGGGAGGCCUUGAUCUUGCCGGCCUCCUCAAGUCGUUGUCGCCACUACUGAGCGACGAAAGCAUAAAGGGAAUCGUUGGCUUGCUCGGCAACGCAGAGGAUCUAUUAACAAAGGACUUUGUCAACAACACGCAAUCGCUCGUUGCGGGUGCCGGGCCCUUGCUCGGCAGUCUCAAGGACGUCGAUAUCAAGAGCCUGGUCGACCAACUUAGCCCCAUCCUCAAAGAAGUGGCCAAGCUCGAUCUCGUUGGCCUAUUUGACGCACUCAAGCCGCUCCUCUCUAGCGACGGCGUCAAGGGCAUUGCCGGUCUUCUUGACAAUGCAGAACUGCUGUUGACAAAGGACUUUGUGAACAACACCCAGUCGCUGGUUGCUGGCGCUGGUCCAUUGCUUGGAAGCCUCAAGGAUGUCGACAUCAAGAGCCUGGUCGACCAACUCAGCCCCAUCCUCAAGGAAGUCGCCAAGCUAGACUUGGUUGGUCUCUUUGACGCACUCAAGCCGCUCCUCUCGAGUGACAGCGUCAAGGGCAUUGCCGGUCUCCUUGAAAAUGCAGAGCUGCUACUUACCAAGAACUUUGUCAACGAUACUCAGUCGCUCGUUGCUGGCGCUGGCCCACUGCUCGGCAGUCUAAAGGACGUCGAUAUCAAGAGCUUGGUGGACCAAAUCAGUCCUAUAUUGAAGGAGGUUGCUAAGCUCGACCUGGUUGGCCUCUUUGACGCUCUCAAACCGCUAUUAUCAAGUGAUAGCGUCAAGGGCAUCGUUGGUCUUCUCGGUAACGCCGAAACGCUUCUGUCAUCCAAGUUUGUUAACGAAACGCAAAGCCUCGUCUACAGUGCCGGGCCUCUUGUUGGUAGCCUCGGCAAGCUCGAUCUCCAGAAAUUACUCGACCAGAUUGAACCACUUCUCAGUGAGCUGACCAAGCUUGAUCUUGCUGGUCUGCUAAAGUCCUUGGAGCCGCUCCUUACGCCGGAUAGCAUCAAGGGCAUUGUUGGCCUUCUCGGCAACGCCGAAACUCUCCUGUCAUCCAAGUUUGUCAACGAAACGCAAAGCCUGGUCUACAGCGCCGGACCCCUCGUUGGCAGUCUCGGCAAGCUCGAUCUCCAGAAAUUGCUCGACCAGAUUGAACCGCUACUUGGCGAGCUAACUAAGCUUGAUCUCGCCGGUCUGCUCAAGUCCCUGGAGCCCCUGCUUACUCCGGAUAGCAUCAAGGGUAUCGUUGGACUGUUGGGCAACGCAGAAGACCUCUUGACGUCGAAAUUCGUCAACGACACCCAGAGCUUAGUGUCUGGCGCUGGCCCUCUUAUCGGCAGUCUUGGCAAGCUCGAUCUGCAAAAAUUGAUCGAUCAGAUUGAGCCUCUCAUUAAUGAGUUGACCAAGCUUGACCUAGCAGGCCUUCUCAAAUCACUGGAGCCUUUGCUUACGACAGAUAGCAUUAAGGGUAUUGUUGGACUGCUAGGCAAUGCUGAGCUGUUGUUGACGGGCAAAUUCGUCAACGAAACCCAGAGCCUAGUUUCGUCUGCUGGUCCCCUUAUUGGAAGCCUUGGCAACCUAGACCUUCAGAAGCUGAUUAAUCAGAUUGAGCCUCUCAUCAAUGAGUUAACUAAGCUGGACCUAGCAGGCCUUCUUAAAUCACUGGAGCCUUUGCUUACGCCAGAUAGCAUCAAGGGCAUUGUCGGCUUGCUAGGUAAUGCUGAAAAACUCCUCACAGGCGAGUUCGUGGAUGAGACUAAGGGCCUAGUUUCUUCUGCUGGUCCCCUUAUUGGAAGCCUCGGCAAAUUAGACCUUCAGAAGCUGAUUGAUCAAAUUGAGCCUCUUCUCAAUGAAUUAACUAAGCUUGACCUAGCCGGCCUUCUCAAGUCGCUGGAACCACUACUUACGCCGGACAGUGUCAAGGGCAUUGUCGGGUUGCUAGGUAACGCCGAGAAACUACUUUCAGGCGAGUUCGUGGACGAGACAAAGAGCCUUAUUUCUUCUGCUGGCCCUCUCAUCGGAAGCCUUGGAAAGCUUGACCUUCAAAAGAUAAUCGAUCAAAUCGAGCCUCUUCUGAACGAAUUGACCAAGCUUGACCUAGCUGGCCUGCUCAAAUCGCUAGAGCCAUUACUUACUCCCGACAGUGUUAAGGGCAUUGUCGGGCUACUAGGUAACGCCGAGAAACUACUUUCAGGCGACUUCGUGGACGAGACCAAGAACCUUAUUUCGUCUGCUGGCCCUCUCAUCGGAAGCCUCGGAAAGCUUGACCUUCAGAAGUUGAUUGACCAAAUUGAGCCUCUUCUUAACGAAUUGACCAGGAUCGACUUAGCCGGUAUCCUCAAAGCGCUCGAUCCGUUGCUCACCCCAGACAGUAUCAAGGGAAUCGUUGGCUUGCUUGGAAAUGCCGAAUUACUUCUAAAUAAGAAGUUUGUGGAGGAAACUCAAAACCUAAUCUCGAAAGCUGGCCCGUUGAUCGACGCAGUCGGCGAGCUAGAUUUGCAGGACCUGCUCAAGCAGCUGGCACCGAUUUUGAACGCUUUGGGCCAGAUCGACCUCCCCGGACUGUUUGAGGCUCUCAAGCCGUUAUUGACUAAGCAGAGUGUCCAGGGCAUUGUUGGAUUGCUGGGCAAUGCCGAGAAGCUUCUCACAGGGGAAUUUGUUGAUGACACGCAAACCCUUAUCAAGGGCGCAACGCCAUUAAUCGCAGAGCUGAGCAAGCUCAACCUACAGGACCUGAUUAAGCAGCUCGAACCUCUGCUUGGUGCGCUCGGCCAAAUCGAUCUCGCGGGCUUGAUGAAGGCCCUCAAGCCCCUGUUAACUGAAAAUAGCAUUAACGGAAUCGUCGGGCUGCUGGGUAAUGCCGAGAAGCUGCUUACAGGCGAGUUUGUGGAUGAGACGCAAAGCUUAAUCAAGGGCGCUGCUCCCUUGAUUGCCUCUCUAGGCAAGCUGAACCUGCAAGACUUGAUCAACCAAAUCGAACCUCUGCUCGCUACGCUCAGCCAGAUCGACCUUGCCGGCUUGCUUGACUCACUCAAGCCGCUCUUGACCAAAGACAGCAUUAACGGAAUCGUCGGGCUGCUAGGUAAUGCCGAAAAGCUGCUCACGGGCGAGUUCGUGGACGAGACGCAGACUCUAAUCAAGGGUGCAACGCCAUUGGUUUCCUCCUUGGGUAAACUAAACCUUCAAGACUUGAUUAAGCAGCUCGAGCCUCUUUUGGCUACCCUUGGACAGAUUGACCUCGCCGGCCUAUUAAAUGCUCUGAAACCACUUCUAUCUGAAGACAGUAUCAAGGGAAUAGUCGGGCUACUAGGCAACGCCGAAAAAUUACUUACGGGCGAGUUUGUGGACGAAACACAGAGUCUAAUUAAGGGUGCGGCGCCAUUGAUUUCCUCCUUGGGCAAGCUGAAUUUGCAAAAUUUGAUCAACCAGCUUGAGCCUCUUCUAGCCACUCUUGGACAGAUCGACCUUGCUGGCCUAUUAAAUGCCCUGAAACCACUCUUAUCUGAAGAGAGUAUCAAGGGAAUAGUCGGGCUACUAGGCAACGCCGAAAAACUACUCACAGGCGAAUUCGUGGACGAAACACAGAGCCUGAUCAAGGGGGCGGCGCCGUUAAUUGCCUCCUUGGGCAAGCUGGAUCUGCAAGACUUGAUCAACCAGCUAGGACCUCUACUCAAAUCACUUAGCAAGCUAGACUUGGAAGGCAUCUUGGAAGCCCUCGCCCCCUUGCUGACCAAGGAGAGCAUUCAGGGCAUCGUUGGCCUGGUUGGCAACGCCGAGGAUCUGCUGACUGGAAAAUUCGUGAACCAAACCCAUACCCUCAUUGAUGGAGCUGUCCCUCUUGUGGGUGCCCUCAGCACGAUCGACCUUCCCGGCCUCAUUACCAAGUUGAAGCCGCUACUGGACGCUCUUGGCGAGAUUGAUCUCGGCAAGCUCAUCAAGCAAAUCACGCCCAUCCUCAAUGCCCUGGGCGAGAUUGACCUCAAGGGCAUCUUCGACACACUUGCUCCGUUCCUCACACCCAAGACUGUGCAAGGCCUCAUUGGCCUCUUGGCCAACGCCGAAGCACUCCUGACCGGCCAAUUCGUCAACGAAACGCAGACACUUGUUCACGGAGCGGCACCGCUCAUCGCAGACCUGGAAGGCGCCGACAUCUCGGGGCUCUUGAAACAAGUCAAGCCUCUUCUCAACUCGCUCAGCAAGAUUGACCUGGCCGGCUUGGUCGACGCGGUGAAACCCAUCCUCGAUGCCGUCAAGAAGAUUGACAUUGAAGGCAUCGUGGACACUGUCACUCCGCUCAUCACGCCCAAGAGCAUCAAGGGCGUCUUGGGCUUGCUUGGAAAUGCUGAACAACUUCUGACCGAGACGUUUGUAUCCCAAACCGCCGAGUUGAUUGGCGAUGCAACACCUCUUGUGGCUACCAUUUCAGAUUUUGUUAAAGCGAUUUUCCAGUCAUUAAUUGGAGGACAGAAUUAA